AUGAGUGCUUGUUCAUCAACUCCAGUGCCGAUUCUGGCAUUUACAGAGGGAGCCAAAUCUCUGUCGCAGAUUCAACAAGCUCAUGCCUUUAUGCUUAAAACGGGUCUUUCUCGUGAUACGUUUUCUGCUAGCAAGCUUAUCGCCUUCGCCGUCGCGAACCCAGAGCCCGAAACAGUCUCUUACGCUCACUCUAUCCUCAACCGCAUCGAGAGCCCGAACGCUUACACUCACAAUUCCGUCAUCAGAGCUUAUGCUAAUAGCUCUGCUCCUGAGGUUGCUUUGGUUCCGUUUCGCGAAAUGCUGCUUGGCCCUGUGUUUCCCGAUAAGUACAGCUUCACGUUCGCGUUGAAAGCGUGUGCUGCGUUUUGUGGGUUUGAAGAAGGAAGGCAAAUUCACGGAAUUUUCUUGAAGAGCGGUUUGGUGUCUGAUGUGUUUGUGGAGAAUACGUUGGUUAACGUGUAUGGAAGAAGCGGUCACUUUGAGAUUGCGCGGAAAGUGCUCGAUGGAAUGCCUGAGAGAGACGUUGUUUCGUGGAAUUCGUUGUUGAGCGCUUACGUCGAGAAGGGUUUAUUGGAAGAAGCUCGUGGGGUUUUUGAUGAGAUGGAGGAACGAAAUGUGGAGUCUUGGAAUUUUAUGAUCUCUGGUUAUGCGGCUGCGGGAUUGGUUGAAGAAGCGAGGGAGCUGUUUGAUUCUAUGCCGGUGAAGGAUGUGGUUUCUUGGAACGCAAUGGUGAGUGGUUAUGCGCGUGUUUGUUGCUAUAGUGAGGUUUUAGAGGUUUUCAUUGAGAUGCUUAACAGUUUUACAGAGAGGCCAGAUGGAUUUACUCUUGUUAAUGUCUUAUCUGCUUGUGCUAAUCUUGGAUCGUUAAGUCAAGGCGAAUGGGUUCAUGUUUACAUUGACAAGAAUGGGAUUGUGAUUGAUGGGUUUUUGGCUACAGCUCUUGUGGAUAUGUAUUCGAAGUGCGGGAAGAUUGAUAAGGCGCUUGAAGUGUUUAGAGCUACUUCGGAGAAAGAUGUGAGUACAUGGAACUCGAUCAUCUCAGGUUUAGGCGUCCAUGGACUUGGAAACGAUGCUUUAGAGAUCUUCUCAGAGAUGGUGUAUGAAGGUUUUAAGCCAAACGGUAUCACAUUUAUUGGUGUUCUCUCAGCUUGCAAUCAUGUAGGGUUGUUAGACCAAGCUCGCAAACUUUUUGAAACGAUGAAUAGUGUUUAUGGGGUUGAGCCAACUAUUGAACACUAUGGUUGUAUGGUGGAUUUGCUUGGUCGAAUGGGGAAAUUCGAGGAAGCGGAAGAAGUAGUGAAAGAGGUUCCAGCAGAGGAGGCUUCGGUUCUAUUGGAGUCUCUUCUUGGUGCUUGUAAAAGGUUUGGUCGAAUGGAACAAGCAGAGAGUAUAGCGAAGCGGUUAAGGGAAUUGAAUCCAGGGGAGACUUCAGGUUAUGUUCAGAUAUCAAACUUGUAUGCAUGA